AUAGUUGGGCAAUUUGGCCACAAUUUCUUUGAAAGAGUACAAAGACCAGAGAGAGCAAAAGUCAUGGCCGCCUGUAUCAAUCUUCUUGUUUGUAGGAUUUGAGUGCCUUGGUGACUGAUCUGCUUCUCUUAAUGGAGUAGCUAUGGCGGCCAUCGCAUCAAAAAUCUUCUUUUUGCUAGUGGCAUGUUUUAUAUUUGGAAGAGCUGAAACAGUAUUCGCUGAGUAUAUAACACUGAACUCCACUCUUUUCCCUAAUAUUCAUCCCACUUCAUGGCUUUCACAAUCCGGUCGGUUUGCAUUUGGCUUUUAUCAACAAUCUGGCUAUGGCUUCAAAGUCGGAAUUUGGCUGACUGGUGCGGAGAAAAAAAUUGUAUGGACUGCCCAUCGUGAUGAUCCCCCUGUAUCCUCUAAAGCAAGGCUUCAACUAACCAUGAAAGGUCUUCUCUUGCAAACAGGUCAAAGGAAAGACAAGCUUAUUGAUCACAGUAACAAUCAAAUAGCUGUUUCCUUUGCCUCCAUGCUUGAUACUGGUAACUUCGUACUGUACGACAAAAACUCCAAGAUGCUUUGGCAGAGUUUCAAUUGCCCUACCGAUACCAUGUUAGGGGGUCAAAAUCUACAUCAUGGGGAUCAAUUGCUCUCUAGCUCAUCAGACACUAACCAAUCAUCAGGAAGAUUUCAGCUCUUGAUGCAGAACGACGGAAACCUUGUUUUGUAUCCAGCAUAUUCAGCUAGUACAGCAUCAGAUGCCUAUUGGGCCUCAGGUUCUUAUUUUGAUAGAACUAAAGUCAAUUAUUAUUAUCUUUAUCUCAACAAGACAGGUCCUCGACCUCUGCGUGUCAUAGAUGGCAAUAAUUCCAACAGGGCUGCAAUUUGGAUAGCACAUGAUUGGUUAACUUUAGAUAGUUCCCAUCCUUCUUCCAACACCAUUAUUUAUCGAGCAACUGUUGAUCCUGAUGGAAUUUUUCGACUCUAUGCUCAUUUUGAUGAUGAAAGUGGCAAGCGUCAAGUUAGAAAUUUGUGGUCAGCACUGGAUAAUCUGUGCAGCGUGAAGACGUUCUGUGGAUUCAAUAGCUAUUGCACCUAUAAUGACAAUCAACCCUACUGCGAGUGUCUUCCCGGAAAUGACUUUAUAGAUCCAAGCAAGAAAAAUCUUGGUUGCAAAACGAACUUCAUAAAACCAGAAUGUCAAGGUGGAAAAGAAAAUGAAGCCUUGUAUAAGAUGAAUAAAUUGGGUGGGAUGACCUUGAGUGGUAUUCCUUAUGCCGUGGAGAUUGUUGAAGUCCGUGAUGAUUGCCGAUCUUCUUGCUUGGAAGACUGCUAUUGUGGAGCUGCGCUUUAUGAUGAGAGCAACAGGAAUUGCGAGAAACAAGAGCUUCCAUUAAGAUAUGUCAUAAGAAAAAUGGAAGAAGGGUCUUCCUCUUCCAUAUUAUACUUAAAGGUGGGACUUAACAGCAGCCUCAAAAGCGGGAAGGACAAACCUCCACCUGAGCCAAAACCCAUCACAAGAACAAGUAAAAAAGCCAUUGUGUUGAUUUUUAUUAUGAUCUUCGGGUUUGCUAUUAUUUUGUGUUUUGUCGUUGCAACCUCUAGCCUUCUAAUUUACAGGAUUGGAGCUUUAAGUUACAAGAGGUUGCUAGGGAUGGGAGAUUUUGGUUUGAAUGAAGGGGUUACUCUGAGGGUAUUUUCAUACAAUGAGUUGAGAAAAGCAACAAAUGGUUUUAGACAAGAGUUGGGUAAGGGUUCCUUUGGAUCAGUUUACAAAGGAACUUUACACAAAGGAAGAAAGAUGAUUGCUGUGAAAAGACUAGAGAAGUUGAUUGAAGAAGGUGAGAGAGAAUUUCAAGCUGAAAUGCAAGCCAUUGGAAAAACCCACCAUAGAAACCUAGUUCGCUUGAUGGGAUAUUGUGCUGAGGGAUCAAAAAGACUUCUAGUUUAUGAGUUCAUGAGCAAUGGUUCCCUUGGAAAUUUUAUCUUUGGGGACAGCAGUUUACAUCCAAAUUGGGAUCAGAAAAAAAGAAUAGCACUGGACAUUGCAAGAGGAUUAUUGUAUCUGCAUGAAGAGUGCGAGGCUCCUAUCAUUCAUUGUGAUAUAAAGCCUCAAAAUAUUUUGAUGGAUGAGUUCUUGGUAGCUAAAAUCUCAGAUUUUGGCCUAGCAAAACUUCUAGUACCAGAUCAAACAAGAACCUUCACUCAGGUCCGAGGGACAAGAGGAUAUGUAGCUCCAGAAUGGAAUAAGAACACUCCAAUAACAGUGAAAGCGGAUGUUUAUAGCUAUGGAAUUAUGCUUUUGGAAAUUGUAUUUUGUAGAAGAAGCAUAGUGGUGAACACAAUGAAUCCAGAGCAAAUUGUUUUGUCCAAUUGGGUGUACAAGUGUUUUGUUCGGCGUGAGUUAAGCAAGCUGGUUCUUGGGGAAGAGGUGGACCAGACAUUGUUAGAGAAUAUGGUGAAGGUGGGAUUAUGGUGUAUUCAAGAUGAACCAUUUCUUCGACCAUCAAUGAAGUGCGUGGUGUUGAUGCUUGAAGGAGUUACUGAUGUGGCCAUUCCUCCUUGUCCAUCGUCUGCUAAUUAAUUUAAUCUUCAAGAGGUUUUCUUUGCAAUGCGUCAAAAAAAUAUUAAGUGAUAAGCGAAUCGAAAGUAAUUCCAGCAACAACAAUUGCUCAACAAAGUGACAUACCUCAACAAGCUACAGAGUGACCAACAAAAGUAGAGAGGCACAACAAAUGAUUAAGAGAAUAGAGGUCAAAGCAAAUAGCUCGGAGAAGAAGAUGUGGUGGUUUCCGUGAGCAAGUACCAUUGUCAGGACUUGAAACCAUAAAGAGAAGUUCUUCAAAUGAAGCUAUAAGCUUCGACCAGUGAAGGGAGUAGAUUAGAGAUAGAUCAGCUAUGAUGGAAGGAAAUGGAGAUCACGAAUGAAGGGAAUGAAAUGGAAGAUGCAGAUGGCGAGUUGUAAACUACUGUGAGUGCAAAGUUGAGCUACAGUAGAGGGAAUGAUGGUGAAUGCGAGUGGGUUAGAGGAGAAAUAGGGGGUGGCUGAUGGUAGCUAUGGAGCCGAGAGUCAGAAAAUGCCGUGGCUCGAACGAAAAUGGCAGAAAUGAGUCAAUCUCUAGAUCUAAAUGCUGGUGAUUGGAACAGGGAUUGGAGAAGAAGGUUGUAGCAGAAGGAGGAGGAAGGGUGAGUGAAUAUGGAGAGGAAGGCUUAAGGAUGGCAGACGAUGAGAACAAAGUGAUGUAGCAGCUUACGGCGAGGAUGAAGGCUAUGGCACGAACAAAAAUGGCAGAGAAAGAGGAAAUGAAGGAGAAGAAGUGGGGUAUGUCGGUGACUAUGGAGGAUAACUGGAGAGAGAUCAAGCGAGAUAGAAUGGUGACGGCAAGGGACGCCGUGGGUGCUAGCGAUAGAGGAGCAAGGAUGCGACGGUGAAUGGGAGUGAGAUGCAGGGGGUGUAAAGGAAAGGACAAAACAGGACGGGGAAAUAGGAGAAAGUGAACUCGAGUUGAGGUUAGAUCUGGUCUUUUUUUGGGUCAAAAUUAAUGAGUUUUUUUAGAAGAGAACCAAAUGCAGCACUGAAAAAAGAAGUGGGAAAACAUAUUUAUUAAAAUUAUAUAAUAAUUUUUUUAAAAAAAUAACCUAAAAUUUCUUUUUUAAAAACAGGUCCAGAGAAGAUGAAAGUUACAACUUCAAAUUUAAGCCUGAAAUGAAAGUCACAACUUUGAUCUUCUCUAGAACCCCAAAGUUGUGAGCCCAAAAUCAUGACUUCUGUCAGAAUUUUCUUGACAGCAAAAUUCUACAGUACUCUAUUUUUAAAAAUAUGAUUUGUUCACCCCUUAAAACUUCUUCCAAGAAUUUUAUUCACUC